AUGUCAACUGGUUUGGUGGAGAUUUUGCAAUCUGCAGAGGAUAAAAGACAUACUUUGCUCACUUGGUGCAUAGAAAAUUAUUCAAAAUUGUACUCUUUAAACAAUAACAAUGAUACAAGCAAAGUUAAUGUCGCAAAUACAAUUUUAAAUGAAUUGGAUCAAUUCAUUUGUAAAAUUUCCUUAUUUAGUGAAGAUAACGCAGAAGUAUACAAUUCUCAUUAUAUCUUUAUAAGAAUAUCCCAACUAUACUGUUUAUCUCUAACUAUAGUGAAGAAUGAACACCCAGGUAAAAUAUUCGAUUCUGGUGAAUUAUUAAAUAAAAUUUUAUCUGAAGAAAAUAUUACAAACUAUAUCAAUGAUUCAACCGACAACAAUAACAAUAACAAUAACAAUCCAACGGGCACAUCUACUGCUAGUACUAGCAACAAAAAAUUGAAGAAAAUUUACUUGUAUACACCUGCAAAAGAUUUGGCAUGCACUAUCUUAAUUCAAUUACAUGAAAUUUAUGGUCACGAUUUAUCAUCAUUAGCAAGUUUAAUUUUAACCACCAUCUUUAAAAACUUGAAGAAAUUAAUGGAAAAAUCGAAAUAUAAUCAUGCAAACUUUAUGAUUUUAUUGCUGAAAUUAUAUAAUUCAAUUUUAAGAAAUUCAAAAAAUCACAACUCUGAUAUUUUCACUACUUUCCAAUCAAAAUUUGUAAAGUUAUCAAAAAAUGUCUUUAGUGACAUUUAUAAUGAUAAGCAAGAUUUCCCAGUAAACUUUAUUUCAACCAUUAUAGAAAUCUGGAAAUUUAAUUUUAUUAAUGACACUUUCAUAAAAGACUAUACAAAGGGAAACAUCCUAGAUACAUUAUAUUUGAAGUUCAUUGAACACGAAAUUGGUAUUUAUGGGUUUUCUAAUGAUUAUUCAAGAUUGUUAACUUCAAAGACUUUAUCAGAAAUUUUAUUCCAUUACUAUAAAGUUAAAGAUUUAGUCACUUUGGAUGAGAUCUGGUCUUUCUAUGUGAAAGUAUACACAAAUUCAAUUUCAAGAGAUGUAAAAUCAGGAUGUUUCGAAUCGAUUAUUCAUUUCAUUUGCUUAUGUUUGGCAAUUGAUAGUAACUUCCUCUCUGGAAGUAAUUAUUUACAAAUCAUAAGAUCUCUGAGUAAUAUUUUAAACGAACUGGACUCAAUCGACUAUAAAAUGGAUGAAUUAUCCAGAUCGUUAAGAUAUUUGAAUAAUGUAAACAAACUAUUAUUACCAAGAUUAGGUGAUUUAUCUAAAACCGAAAUUUUAUUUGGUAUUGUAGGAACAAAUGAUAGUGAAAUUGCAGAGUCAUCUGAUGAAUCGCUUUCCAUUAACUGUAGCGUCAAAAAUCAAUGGUUAACAAUUGUUCAACUGGAACUUGCUGAUUCUUUAAUCACGUCUUUGUCAUCUUCUUUUGGAACAGAAGAAAGAAUCGUUUUGAAAAUGAAGGAAAAGUUAUUACGAUUGGCCACUUGUGAUAUAUUCAAUAUUCGUAUUCGUUCAAUUAAAUUAUUAAAGAAGUUUUUCUUCAAUUUUCCGGAAUAUUUAUCUGAUACCAUUGAAGACUGUUUAAAAUCAUUAACAAACGAUUUUAACUUGAAGGAUAAUCAGUUCAUAUUUAAUAAGAAUCACGGCAAUUCCCUGCUAAUCACAAAUUUAAUUGAAAUCUCUGAUAAAAAUUAUGUUUCUUAUGAAUUAAUAAUGAAAAUCACUAUUUUCGCAACAACUUUUAUUAAAAAGCAUACAACUUCGACACACGCAAAUUUAUACUAUAAAGGAAUCGUGUGUUGGAUCUUAUUGAUUGGUUUAAUGAAUUAUAAUGAUGACCAAUAUCUUGCAAUGCAAUCAUCUCAACUAUUUUUAUUCUGGAAAGUUUUACUAACUCAUUCAUUUACUUACCAUAAUGAAGACGAGUUAUAUAAGAAUUUGGAAAUUAGGAACCAUGCGUUAACAUGCUUAUUAACCUUUCUAAAUAAAACUAAAGUCGACAAAGAUAUGGCGAGACAAAUUUCGUAUUUAUUAACGAAAUGUUCUAAUUUCAACCAUUCUGUAACUUUGAAAUCCAAAAAGCUUGAUAGUGUUCUAUUAAUGAAUGAAAACAGAAUCUUACAAAUAUAUUUAAAAAUACAUGACUUUGUUAAGGCUGAUUUUAAUAGUUCAUUAUUAGUGUUGAUUGUUAAGAAUUUUUCGAAUCCAAAUCUAUAUACAGAAGUGUCUCAUUCAAUAUUUUCAUCCCUUUCUGGUGGUGAUAAAAACUAUAGAUCCAAAAAUGAAGGUAAAGAAGAAACUAUUAUGGAGACAACGGUGAAUAAUUUGUUACGCUUAAAUGACGAUUUUGCUUUUGGUUUGUCUAGUAAAGUCAACGGAAGCAAUGUUUUACAAUCUAGUAUUAAAUUAUUGAAAAAAACUUCAUCAACAUCGGAGUUUAAUAUGGAGUGGAACCCAAAUGACUAUUAUUGGUAUUCUUCCUUCGAAAAUGAAGUUCUGAAGCCCAUCUCAUCUUCUUUAUCUGUUGAUUAUUUGGUAAUGUUAUAUGAAAAUCAAGAUUUAAACACAUCCGAAUUCCACACCUCACCAAGAGUUACGACUUCAGUAGUCGAUUCUUCAAUGGAUAUUUUUUCUUUGGUUUUCCCAUAUUUGAAUAACAAAAUCCAAUCUUCAAUAAUAGAAAACCUAAACUUAUCGAUGUUUUCAAGAACUAUAACCCCAUUGAGAAGGAUAGCUAUUGCUGCAAAUGCAUGUGUAGCUAUUCAUAAUUGUUUAUCUAUUAUUCAAGAAAGAGAUCUAAGCUUGGAUGAAAAUGUUGGUCAAUUAUUGAUUGACUCAAUUAAAAAGAUCGAAUUCUACAACGACAGUUACAUUACUCAAUUAAAAGCUGAUUGUAUAGGUUUAACUAUUGCCGCAAUGGUCAGAAAUUCUCCGGAAGAAUUAAAACGUGAUAUCAUUAAGAGGCAAUCACAUAUUUUAAUUAACAAUGUUGUUGAGGUCGACGAACCUCACUUCAGAGUAUUCCAUGCUUUAUCAUUAGCAUCUAUCUUCAAAUAUAAUCCUAAGUUUACUUCUUUCGAGACAAUUUUGGAAGUUAUUAUCAGUUUAGUUAAAGAUCCACACCCAGUUGUCCAUUCAUGGUCACUAAAGGCAUUGCAUAUCUUACUUGAAAAACAUUUGGUUAUCGAUAUUUCAACUACAGCUAAGCUGUUGGGUAUUUUGGAAAGUGUCCUAACAAAUCCUUCCUUUGGUAUCUAUGGUUCUUCAAUUUUACGUUAUAAUUACAACAAACAAUACGAUUCACAUAUUGUAAUUAGUCAAAUUAUUAAAACUUUGACAGAAACUGUUGGUCCUAAUAUCCCUGAGCUACCCAAGAGUUCUAUAGAGUCAUUUAAAAACCUGACUAUUAGUGGUUUACUUUCAAGCAAUAUUGUUUGUCAAAUGUUAAGCACAAAAAUCUAUGAAAAUAUUGCAACCUUUAAGUUAGCAGGUAUCAUGAAUGAUACUUUAUUUAUAAGGUGUUCUAUUAGGACAAUUGUCGAUGUUAUAAAUAUCGGUAUUGGAUCCAACUAUUUUAACUCCAAUUUUACCUUGUCCCAUGAAAUUAUUUCUCAUACUGCAAGUUUAAAAGGCGCGUUUGAGUGCUUUAAGUUAUUUGGACAAUUAUUCAAACUACAAAAGAAACAGUUAUUUGUCAAAGACAUGGAUAGUUUAAGUUGGAUCUACUUAACAUUAUACCCAGAUUCUCCUUGUGUGAUGCAAUAUUUUGUUGAAUGGAUUGAUUAUAGUGUUGAAGAUGAUCAGUAUUGGUUUGACAAGCUUUAUAUGCUUUUCAACAUGCCUAGAUCUAAGAUUUUUGAUAAGUACAACAAAACUAUCUCACAAUUAUUUAAAUCAAAGGAAUAUAAUUCUAUUCAAGAGGCAAAAAUAAAAGGUGAAGAAGAAUUAUCAAUCAACGAUAAUAUAGGUGAUAUAUCUGAACAUAAAGAGGCCGAUAAAGCACAAUGGCAAACAAAGCAAGUUAUUCUAAUUUUAAUAAAGCAUUCUUUGGAGCUAAGUUAUAAGAAUAAAAAAAUAUUAAAUACUUUGAGUAAGCAUGUUCCUGAAUUAAUUAGAAUGGUUUGUCAGGCAUCGGCAAUGAGAAUCAGAACUAUCAAAUCUUUAGGUCUUGAUAUUUUGAAGUAUAUUCUAGAUAUAUUUUCAAAGGUUAAAGAUACUGAAAUACCAGAAAAUUCAAUUCUAAGUCAGCAAGAAGCUCAAAUCAUUAGUGCAUUGAUGCCAACGUUCAACAAAGGUACAUCUCCCGAUAUUGUUGCGUCUGCAAUCAAUGUAGCCGCAGAGUUCCUUGCUUCUGGUGUUGCUCCUUUAAAUAGAUUGGGAAGAAUAUCAAGAUUAUUGAUUGAAUUAUUAACUAGUUUUGACGAAAGAAGUUCAUCUAUUGUUGUUGGUGAAUCAGUGAUUAUAACGCAGAAAGCAAAGAGAAAGAUCGAACUUUCUUUACUAAAUGCUUGGGCUGGAAUGGUCCAAACUUCAUUACAUUCUGAUAACGAGGAAUUGAUUACUUUUACUCAAGGCUAUUGGAGUACUUUGAUACCUCUUUGGAUUAUAUCUCUUCGUGAGUAUGUCAUGGUUAAGUAUGGUAAUACCAACAUCAAUGGAAUGAAUUCAAAUGAUACCUUGUUAGAAUCGAAGAAAACCAAAUUAGAAUUAUACGAAGAUGUUUGGUUAAAUUUUGUUGAAGUAUUAGGUUCUUUAUUAGAUUAUGAUCAGAACUUAAUUCUAAAAUGUUUGAAUAAAGAGGAAAUCGAAAGUUUCAUGUUCAUUCUUUUCUCACAAUGUUUGGAAGCAAUUGUAAUUAAUUUUGAUAAUCAUGACGUUAAAUGCAGGGUUCUUCCAGCGAUUCAUAACGUUUUGAAUUGUAAAGUUCCGCUAACGUUGUUAUUUGAUAAUGACGUCUAUCCAGAACUUAUUAACAUUCUAGAUAGGAUUAUUUUAACUGGUGAAUCUGAUGAAAAGCUAAUUGUCGUGAAUAUUAUCAAUGAUCUAAUUAGUGGAUAUAUUAUUCAAAAUUCUAGCCAAGAGUUGUUUUUACAAGGUAUUGACAAAUUGUACGAGUUGCUACGAUUAUUAAUGAACGUUAUAUCUGAAUUGAUCCCAUUCAUCAAAUAUAAUGCCGUUGUCGAACCCGGCAGUGGUAAAAAAGCAUUUACCAAGGUAGACACUGAACUAUUGAAAAGCGCAUUUGCUGUUUUUGAAUUGAAUGUUAAUAAAUUUGAUGAUGUUUUUAAGGAAGAUUUAUACUCAUGUCUACUUUUUAUUAUUGGACGAAUUUAUGAAGUUGACAACAGAAAUGAUAUUGUCCCAUUAAUUUUGCCAUUACUAAAAUCAAUUAUUUAUAAUAUUCUCCAAAAUGGUACUCAUGUUACAUUGUUGGACGUUUUCUAUGACUCUACCAAGAGUGUAAUAUUCAAUGAAUUAAGUAAGGAAAAUAAAAUUGCUACCAUUCUGAUAUUGUUGACAACUGGAUAUAGUGGAUUUUCUAGAAAGGAAUUAGAUUAUACAUCUGAAUUAUUACUUUCAGCUGUUAAUGAUCCAAAUACAAGUAUUGUUGCAGAACGUGGUUUACAAAGAAUUUUUAACAAUUCUUUAGAUAUGCCAAGCUGUUCUGUAAUAUGUUUGAAUGUAAUUAAGAAAUGUGCCGAAGAUUUUGAUCAAGAGGUCUCUACAGAACAAGCUAAUUUGAGGUUAAAUUUAAUAUCAACUUUUACCAAAAAUAUAUUUGCAAAGGAUAAAUCAAAAUUUCAAUCUGUUUUAGCAUUAUAUUUAUCAUUUGUGAUUUGGUUCUCAGAAUUAUCCACUACGGAAAACAAGACGGUUGCUAAUAUCAUCGUAGAGUUAGUUCAACUUGAUCCUGAUUGUUUCAAAAAUGUUGUAAAUAAUGUCAUUACUUCAAAACAAAAGGUUAAGAUUGAACAAAUUGUAGAAGAAGCAACAUUGGAAUCUUCAAAAGUUAGAGACAAUGAAAACGCUUCUGUAGCUCUAAAGAACUUUAACUGA